AUGUCUUCUUUUAAUAGAGUACACGAUGAUAUUUAUACUGACGUGGCUUCAAUGGAUUUAGUAGACGUUUAUACUGAAUCUCAGAUUGAGCCAAGUGUUAAUGGAUUAUUAAAGAGAUACUUCUAUCUUAUGAAAGAACCUUCAUACAUAGAUUGGAAAUUAAAUAAUAGCGAUAAAGUAAAAACUGACGAGGAACGACAAGAUUUGAUUAGAAAUAAGCUUGAGAGUAUAAGACGAUGUGAAAGAAUUUCACUAUUUCUUGAUGAAAGUGGUAUCGGAUUAAAUAGCUUUAAUGCUUGGAACAGGAAAUUUGCUAAGAAGAAAGGACUUAAAAGCGUUGAUCAAUCUACAAUUCCUGAUUGGGUGAGAAAAUAUUCACAUAAAAAUGAAAUGGUUGUUGAUGACGAUGAUGUGGAUGUUGAUGAAGAAAUAAGUGAGCAAAAAUCUAAACGUGCUUUACUUAAACCAUUAAAGUCUAAAGAUGAAGAGAAGAAACCUAAGAAAGCUGAGACUAAAGAUAAUUAA